AUGAGCACAACCUCUCAAUCUGUCCAACUCAAGUUAGAUGAGUCGGGAAAGAGAAGGAAAAUAAUCAAGGAUGAUGAGCACAAGGUGGUGGAGGACCGAAUCAGUGAGUUGCCAUAUGAGGUUAUUGUUAGCAUAGUGUCACUCUUGCCGCUAAAGGAAGCAGUAGCUACAAGUAUCCUUUCUAGGAGAUGGCGGUAUGUCUGGUCAUCUACUACGACUCUCAAUUUAGAGACUGUUAAUUUUGAAGACCCUGAGACCUUAAACUACUUCUGUGAACUUGACUAUGAUAAACGAGACCAAGAAGAAGGCCAUAAAUACGUCAAUUGGGUGAAUCACGCGCUGAAGCAGCAUAGCGGCCAAAGCAUUGAACGAUUCAGGGUUAUCUUUUUUCUAGAUAACGUCUUUACAAGUUCCAUUGAUAAAUGGGUUCAAUUUGCAAUGGAAAAGAGAGUUCAAAGACUUGAGUUGGACUUAUUGACAACUGGGGGGGGGGGUUGGCACGACGAUGACUAUACAUUUCCCUACAAACUGUUGGGUAUGGAAAAGGAAGACUUUGCUUCCAAUGUAAUUCCAAGUCUAGGUUCUGGUGGAUAUUACAAUAAUAUUGGUUUCAAGUCCCUCAAAGUUAUUCAUUUUCGACAUGUUGGUGUGACCGGGGAAGUUGUUGAGUUCUUCUUGUCCAACUGUCCACUUCUUGAGCGGUUGUCUCUAGAUGUUGUCAAAAAUUUAGUUAAUUUAAGAGUUGUCGGUCCCUCAAUCGCAUUGAAAUAUUUGGAGAUAAAAUAUUGUCAACGACUUAAAAACAUUGAGAUUUGUGACGCAAACAUUGUUUCAUUUAUUUAUUGUGGAUCAUUGAUACAUUUGCAUCUCAAGAAUGUACCGCUGCUUGUUGAUGUAACCUAUUACAAGUGGUACGCUUAUGCUGAAUUCACAAGGAUUGUGUUCAGCCAAUUUUCGCCUUGUCUUUCUCAUUUAAAGAUUCUGAAGCUAGAUAUCAGAGAAGCGGUCUACAAUCAAAAUCAUGUACUUCCCAUACUAGCAAAUCUAAGGCAUUUGCAAUUAUUAGUUUAUGCAGACUACCAUUGGUCCCUUGGUCGCUUAGCUUCUUUCAUGAAGGCAUGUCCUUACAUGCAGAGACUUGUUUUGGGGUUGGAUUUGAAAACAAAGAUGGCAAAAAUAGAGAAAGCUGCCGAAUGCCCCCAUUACUCCCUCAAGGAAGUAGAAAUAUCAGGGUAUCGUGGUCACAAAUGA